AUGUCCGCCGCCGAGUCGAAGACGCUGUCGCCCGCCGCCGCCGACGAGAAGAUCGUUUCUCCGCCCACGAGCAUCGAGAAAGCCGUGGCGCGCCCGACGCCCCCCUUCCCUGCGUGCGCGCGACCCCGAUCGACGACGACGCACAUGCAGUCCCACCCCCCUUCCCCGUUCGUCAGGUCGAGGCCGCAGAGCCGGCCGCGGCGGACGCAGCGCCCGCCGUCGCCGACCCCACCCCGACAGGUGGCCUCGCUGGUGGUCGCGGCCGGCUGUUUUUGGGGAGUGGAGCUCGCCUUUGCGCGACUGCCAGGCGUGAUCAGCACCGAGGUAGGUUACAUCGGUGGAUCAACUCCCCGGCCAACGUACAGCGCGGUUUCGAAGGGCAAGAGCGGCCACGCAGAGGCUGUUCGCAUAAUCUUUGACGCGAGCACCAUCGGCCUCACGACACUGUUUGGUGUCUUCUUCGACGUCCAUGACCCGACGACGCUCAAUCGACAGGGCAACGACGUCGGGACUCAGUAUCGCUCUGCGAUCUUUUACUCUGACGAACGGCAGCGCCUCGCCGCGCAGACCGCCAUCGAGCGCGAGGCUGAGCGGCUCGGCACGCCGCUGGCGACGACUCUCGAACGCGCCGACACCUUUUGGCCGGCGGAGGACUAUCACCAGGCGUAUCUUGAGAAGGGAGGCCAGUCGGCCGCGAAGGGCGAGCAGACGCCGAUUCGCUGUUACGGAUGA